AAAGUCAAUAUUGACAUGUCAAAGGUCAGUCAGAGGAAAGGUGUGGAUUGUAAAUGGAAUUUACAGUUUUCCAUGUACUCCCCGUACAAUAGUUAUUCUUAAAUGAUACAUCAGUAAAGUAUUUUCAAUGAAACAAUUUUUCGAUUUCUAAAUCGGACAUAGUCCCAGUAAUAGCGAAAUGGCUUCUGGAGACACGAUCGAAAUUGAUGCAAAUCAAUUGUCGAAUAUGAACAGUUCCAAGGAAAUUCCGGGAUAUCGUGAAUCAUCAGAAACCGAAGAUAAUGAUGAUAAAGAUGAUACGUCAGUGGCGUUCAAAAGUAUACAAGAUCUUAAUCAAAAAACACUUUCGAACGAUAACAAACCAAAAAAUGAAAGGGAGCGGAAGAUUGGUCAUCGGAGGGUCGGAGUGGGGGGAGAAAUUACGUAUAAAAAAAUUCAAUCAACACAAAUUAUGGGCUCGAUCCAAUUGGGUAUUCAACACGCCGUCGGCGGACUGGCCUCUAAACCGGAAAGAGAUUUGUUGAUGCAGGAUUUCAUGACCGUGGAAACGACGAAUUUCCCUAGCGAAGGCUCCAAUCACACGCCCGCUCACCAUUAUUCGGAAUUCAAAUUCAAAAAUUACGCUCCAAUAGCUUUCAGGUAUUUUAGAGACUUGUUCGGUAUCCAACCGGACGACUUUUUGAUGUCGAUGUGCAAUACAAGAUUAAGGGAAUUGUCCAAUCCCGGUGCCAGCGGUUCCAUAUUUUACGUCACCGCCGACGACGAAUUCAUCAUUAAGACUGUACAACAUAAAGAGGGGGAAUUUUUACAGAAACUGUUGGCUGGUUAUUACAUGAAUCUAAAUCAGAAUCCUAGGACACUGUUACCGAAAUUCUUCGGGCUUUAUUGUUAUCAAUGUAAUAGUAAAAACGUAAGACUGGUCGUUAUGAAUAAUUUACUACCUAGCAACAUCACCAUGCACCAAAAGUAUGAUCUGAAAGGUAGUACUUAUAAAAGGAAGGCCUCGAAAGCGGAAAGGGCGAAACGGGCGCCCACCUACAAAGAUCUGGAUUUCAUGGAACACCAUCCGGAAGGUAUUUUCAUGGAAGCUGAUACGUAUAACGCCCUAACCAAGACGAUCCAGAGGGACUGUAGAGUAUUGGAAAGUUUCAAAAUUAUGGAUUACAGUUUAUUGUUGGCUAUACAUAAUUUGGAUCAGGCGCAAAAGGAAAAAAUGGAAAGGAAAUCUCAGAGUCACUUGGAUAAGUUGGUGUCCGAAGGUCAGGCAGGUGAUACGAGUUCGAAUUUGAUACUCGAAGAAAGAGAGAGAGAAAAAGAAGACAGAAUGAGUACCGCCACCGCAGCAGCGGGUGGCGGUGCUUUGAAUCGCAGUAGGUCGAUAAAUAGGCAAAGACUUGUCGCGCAUUCCACGGCCAUGGAGAGCAUCCAGGCUGAAUCUGAACCCAUAGACGAAGAUGAUGAUACGCCACCUGGAGGUAUCCCAGCUAGGAACGAAAAGGGGGAACGUCUUCUAUUAUUUAUAGGGAUCAUAGAUAUUUUACAAAGUUAUAGGUUAAAGAAAAAAUUGGAACACACUUGGAAGUCGAUGAUUCACGAUGGUGAUACAGUAUCUGUACAUAGACCGAGUUUUUACGCCCAACGAUUCCAAAAGUUCAUGUCGCAAACUGUAUUCAAAAAAAUUCCGUCACUGGACUUACCCGAAAUAAAAGGCAAUCAUCGCAAGUUUCGUAAUCUGGUAACCAGCUACAUAGCUUUGAAACAUUCUCCGUCUAAAAGGAAGUCGUUGUCGAGACCGUUGGGCAGGCACGAGGAAACUAAUGAAAGAGAAACUAUUCAGGUGAAAGUGAGUAAUACUGUUGGAAACAAAACCGUCGUCCAAUCCGAAGUAGAAUCGACGAAAGCUGCGCAAUUACCGGCUUCCUGUACCCCGCUUUCGCCCGUUUCUUCCCCACCUCCAUCGGCCUAUCCCGCCGUUUUGGUUGGGCGAUCGAACGGCGAAUGUAAAGGCAAAGUACCGCCGCCAGUACCACCUCGUGGUACUCCAAAAGUGAAGCGCGAACGACAGAAUAAAGGUAUAGCGCCGAGCUGCUGCAGUACGCCGCCGCCGACUUACGAAGGCCUUGAUGACGACCCGUCUCACGUCAGACUGGCCAUGGGAGCGGCCUCGUCACUACCUUCCCAAGUACAUUCGGGUUCGCAUUCUUCUCAUUCGACCCAAUCGUACGCAUCCUUACAUCAUAUCGCCGUUAGAAAUUACAAGGACGAUCCUGUAAGCUUUAGUGACAUAAAGUUAGAAUCUCGGCCAGAAAAUAAAUCGUCAUCGCUUAGCGUAGAAUCGGGCAGUUCGGGUGCGGGUGGACACUCGAGUCAUUCCAGGGGGUUGGCAUGGACGCCUCCGACCUCCGUUGAAGGCUCCACACCGACCUGGACUGAAGGUACACCCUCUUUUACCGAAUCAUCAAGUAGUGGAGAUAUGGGAUGUCCCACGACUCCAUUGAAGCAAGGAACUCAUUCGUCUACGAAAUCACACCACAAAAAGACCGUAGAACACGCUAUCAACUGUCUUACCACUGAAAUGAAUUCUUCCACUUUGACGACGGAUCCAACGAGAGCGAGGAAGUAACAAAGCACUUUGAAAAAAGUCGAUGUAUCGUUAAUUUGUUGAAGCCUCGUUCGGAAAAAUGGGGGAAAAAUAAAAUCGUCCGGCAGAUGACGCGAGCGUUCGUCUACUUUUUUUAUAUUAAAAAUCUCGACUGAAUAGCUCGGAUUUUUCCUGGAUAAAUAAAAAAAAUGACAGAUCGAUGCGCCGGUGUUUUCGUAAAGCUUUUGAAAAUCAAUGUACAAAAAUUUGGUGGCACGUUUUGUUUUGUGUAAAAGUUUCUGCUGCAGAUGAUCUGUGAUGAGGUUACGGCUUUCCGUUUGUAACCGUAUCAUAUUUUAUCAGCUUUUAAUUAUAUAAAUAUGAAUAUAUAGAUAUAUGAUUAACAAGUUA